GAAAAACCAUGAAAGUGAUCAUAAUCUCACAGCUUGAUUCUGCUGCUCCCAAGCUGCCAAAUACAAGUUUAAUUCUUUUAGUGUACAGAGUUCAGAAAAUACAAAUUUACAUCGGAUCUCUGAGGAGUACAAACCAAAGAGCACAAGCUCCAUUAACUGUCUCAGUUGUAGAGUUUUGAGAAAAUCUUGCUAAAUAUGCAAAAGUUUCAAAGUUAAUAAACCACCUGAUUUGUUUUGGUUAUGCUCUCCAGAUUUUCUCGAAGUCCAGAAUCACCCAGUUCAUCUGAGAAGCCUUUUCUGCUCUCUACCGCUCUGCUCUGACGUCCACCUUUAGAACAUCUACUGACUCUGGAUUCACAGUGGUGGUUUUUGGUUUUUUAAGGUUGUGAAAUUACAGCAGGUUCUACAGCUGGUUCCAGAACACACUCUGUGAUAACAGCAGGUCCCAAACUGGGCUCCAGAAACACAGUGGGUUCCUGGACCAGUUCUGAAGCUACAGCAGGUUCUGUGAAGGCUCCAAAGGUUGAGGUUCCAGCAUCUGAUCUAGACUUACAGUGGGUUUGGGAAUUAGUUCAGGGGUUUCAGCAGGCUCCAGGAUGGUUUUUGGAAUAAAAGCAGUGGAUUCAGCCAGGAUGUCAUCCAGACUGGGAUCCCAGGGUCCCUCCAUGCCAUUGGUGUUUACAGUGCUACUGGUUGUUGCAAGUCUGGUGUUUGUCACUCCAGUAGGUUGCCACAGUAACUCCUCCUCAGAGUCAUUUCUAUCAGAUCUGAUGAUAUCAGACCUGCCUCACUUCCUCAGAACCAACCCACCUCUAGAACCUGAAGUGGACCGUCACACCCAGACCUCAGACCAAGAGCCACAGCUGGAGCAAGAAACUGUGCAGAAGCCCCUUUCCUCCGUAGAGUCUGGAUUAGAAAAGUCAAACCAUGCAAGCAAGAUGAAACACAAACACGAAAGAAGGCCUUCACCUUACUCGUCUUCCUCCAAUUCCUCUCAGGUGGUCCACAUGCGUCCGGUGUUGCCCCCAACCUGCGUGACGGCCCCAUCGAUAAAAACAGCCUUCAAGUACAUCAACACAGCGCUGUCCUGUGUGAUCUUUGCUGUGGGGAUCGUUGGAAACGCCACUCUGCUGAGGAUUAUUUAUCUAAACAAAAGCAUGAGAAAUGGACCCAAUGCUCUCAUUGCCAGUCUGGCCCUGGGAGACCUGAUCUGCAUCGCCAUUGACAUCCCCAUUAACGUCUACAAGCUGUUGGCGGGGCGGUGGCCAUUUGCUGACAGCGUGUUUGGCCUGUUCCUCUGUAAGCUGCUUCCCUUCCUGCAGAAAGCUUCAGUUGGCAUCACUGUCCUCAACCUGUGUAUUCUCAGUAUGGACAGGUAUCGUGCGGUGGCGUCCUGGUCACGUGUGCAGGGUACAGGUGUUCCCACAGUGACAGCAGUGGAGAUUGUGGCGAUCUGGCUGCUGUCUGUGGUGCUGGCUGUGCCUGAGGCUGUCGGCUUCAACAUGGUCACCUUCAACUACAACAACGUAACCAUGUCGACCUGCAUGCUGCAGCCCAACACACCCUUCAUGACUCUCUACCGGGAUGUGAAGGACUGGUGGUUGUUUGGCUUCUAUUUCUGCGUCCCUCUGGUCUGCUCAGCUAUCUUCUACGGCCUGAUGACCUGCGAGAUGCUGCGACAUCAAAAAGAAAGUCUGAGGAUCUCCCUGAGCGAACACGUGAAACAGCGUAGAGAAAUCGCUAAAGCUGUAUUCUGCCUGGUGCUGAUCUUUGCUCUCUGCUGGUUUCCACUUCAUCUGAGUCGCAUCCUGAAGAGGACCAUCUACAUACCGCAUGAUGUACACCGCUGCGACCUGCUGAACUUCCUGUUGGUGUUCGACUACUUCAGCUUAAACAUGGCAACCAUCAACUCCUGCAUCAAUCCCAUAAUCCUAUACUUUGUCUCCAAGAAGUUCAGAAACUGCUUCAAGUCCUGUCUGUGCUGCUGGUGUUAUUCUGACUCACUCUCUAACAGUAUGCUGCCUCUGCAUCACGGGACGAGCCUGCAGUACAAAGACCACUGAGAGAGUUUGUAUUUUCAUAUGCAACAUCAUCAGAUCAGCAACUCAACAGGACUGAACAAGGCUGCACCAGCACUGAGAGAAGGGGUUGUAUUUGAGCAAGUGACAAAAUAACAUAAAACGGGGUGUCUGUAUAAACACAAUAUGUAAAACGUGUGUGAACACUGCACCUUUAUGU